CCGGACACAGCUAAAAUCAAAGCAGAACACGUUUGCAGACACCACAAGAUGAUAUUCAAGACAUUUGCGUUCCUACUCUUUGUUUUCGGGAUGGCCUGCGCCGACUGGGACACUGCGGCCAAGGAGGCCUUUCAGCAACAAAUGUUGACUGAACACAACCUAGUGCGCCAGAAGACGGAGUCAGGCAUGUCAAAUUUAGUUUGGAGCGAAACCCUGGAAGGAUACGCUCAGGAAUGGGCCGACAAUUGCGUUUUCAAACAUCGUAAUGGAACUGACUUGCGUUCCAAGAAGAGUGGAGAGAAUAUCUUCGCUGCUUGGCGUUACAACAUGGCCACCAUUGGAAGGACCGCCGCAAAGGCCUGGGCCUCUGAGAAGUCACGUUACUUCCACGAAACGAAUAAAUGUUUACCCAAAGGGAAGGCAUGUGGCCAUUACACAGCGAUGGUGUGGGCGACUACCAAGGAAGUGGGCUGCGCGUUCACGUACUGCGAAUCAAAUAAAGGCAUGCAGAUAGUCGUCUGUAACUAUUCUCCGCCUGGUAAUUUUAGGGGCCGUAAACCCUACUGAUAAUUUUAAAUCCGGGAUGUAUGACGACAGACAAGAGGUCCAAGAAUAUAUAGUAUAUUUUUAAUUUGAAAAAUAUGACGUACCCUAACUCAAUUAUAAACCCGACUAAGGCGAGGUCGAUUUUAUAAUAGUAUUUCAUUUACAAUUACCACUUAACACGUAGUUAAUUCAAAUAUAAGUCUUACGGAAUAUUUCGCAGGACGCGUCGUAUACAUGUAUUUUGAUUGAAACAUCUAGUGAUCAUUCACAAAAUUCGACAAGCAGAUACUGUCAUACCAUGUAUUACAAUGAGAA